CCAGCUCCAGACCCACAGAUUCUCUUCACGAGCAGCCUGUGAGGAGGGUGGUGACAGAUCACUGCCUUCAGGCCAGCCCAUGGGGUACAAUAAGCAAGUAAACUCCUUACAAAGAAGAGCAAGAUGCUGUCGUAUUUACAGAAGGAGGUAUAACAGCUGGUCUGAACAAGUCAGGCCUGGUAUUCAUCCUUCAUCCCAGCAACAACAAGAUGGAGAUCAAGCAGAAAGUGAUGUUCACAAGGACACUGGAGUAAGAUAUGCUCCCUAUGCCCUUCCAUCCUGUCAUCGGAGAGGCAAUUUUCAGGAACAAGACGAAACCCCUGUUAACAAGGAGACAGAGCAAAAGCCUCCAGAGAGAAGAAUGGAGAGAAACAGGCAGGAUGAGACCUUGGGGAGCUGGUUCAAGAUCAGAGUUCCCUUCGGUAUUAAAUAUGAUGAGAAGUGGCUGCUGAAUUUGAUUCACAAGCAAUGCAGUGUCCCCUUCACCCCAGUCGAAUUUCACUAUGAGAAAAUGGAGGCCCAGUUCUUCGUUCAGAAUGCCAACAUUGCUUUUGAACUGAAGAAUGUCAACGGCAAGAUUUACAAUGAGGCUAAUGAAAGGAUAUCUAUCUUUGUUGAUCCCUGUGAUGCACCCCACUCUGUGCUGAAGGAGCUGAGGUCAGAAAAGGUGGAGCAGAUAAAGCUGCCCGUGAAGGAACGAUAUGAUGCCUCCCAGCAAUCUCGUGACAUCCAGGGAGUCCGCUCUGACCCUGACUUGAUGACCCGUGAUACUGGAAUGGCGCAAAACCCUAGAAAUGGCAUGGCUGCCUCCCUGCAGACCCAUCCAGGGAAUAUGCCCAAGCUUUUGACCUUGGACCUGAGCGAUAAGAAACCCUACCAGCUGCACGGCCUGUCCAACACUAUGCCGAAUGCUUCCAACACCAAGAACUGGAACCUCUCCAACACUGAGGUGAAGCCUGCAGGGGAGAUGGACAAGGGUGAGCGGCUGGAACCAGAAGGGAUGUGUGCAGAGAGAAACCCCCUGUGCACCACCUUCCCUGAUAAGUCAACCAACAUAAGCUCCAUCCUGGAAUUGUUCCCCAAGUUACUAACCUUGGAUGGCCAGGAGACAUCCCCACAGGCUAAGUGUGGUAUUCAAGCCUGCAAGCACUUACCAAUCUGCAAGGGAAGCUACUUUGGAUCUGAUGAGCUGAAGAGCCUAGUCCUGCAAUUCCUGAAGCAGUACUACUUGAUCCAUGACUACGGAGACCGACAGGUUCUCACAGGGGCUUAUCACGAGGAGGCCUGCUUCUCCCUGACCAUUCCCUUCCACCCCGAGGACCCAGCCCCAAGCAGCUUGUGCGAGUACUUCAAGGACAGCAGGAAUAUGAAGAAGCUCAAGGACCCCCACCUGCGGGUUCAGCUGCUGAAGCACACAAAACGUGUCAUUGUGCACACCCUCUGUGGGUUGCCCAAGACUCAGCAUGACUUCAGCUCCUUCGUGGUGGACAUUUGGUUCCAGACGGAAAUGAUGCUCUGCUUCUCCGUCAGCGGGGUGUUCGAGGAAGUGGAAGGAAGUUCUCAGGGCUGUGUGCGUGCCUUCACCCGGACCUUCAUCGCUACCCCUGCCAGCUACUGCAGUCUGUGCAUCGUGAAUGACGAGCUGUUUGUGAGGGAUGCCAACCCCAGUGAGACCCCGGUUUUCUGCAUCCCAGUGCCUACACCCACCUCCAGCUCCAUGCACACCCUCUCCCAGCUGCAGCAGGACAUCAUGGAGGCAUCCUCCACCCCAUCUGAGAUGAACCUCUAGUGGUCUCAGAAUCCAAGGGCAAAAUUCCAGAUGAGACCCUCACCCACUGACCUGGGAUCUUGAGAGCAAAACUCUGCAAAUGAGCCUUUAGAUGUCAUUCUCAUCCUCAUCAUAUUUGUUACCUCUCUUCUCUUAACUGAAGCCACAUCCAUGACUAAGCUUGCAGUCCAGCUAAUCAGGAAGCCAAAGUUUACCGUGUAGGCCUGCCCGUUGCUCUAUAUUUUUCCCA